UACAAUCCAUAGCAUUGAGCCACCUUAAGCCACUCAAGUUGGACGAGCAUGGCGGGGAGUCGUAUCCACAAACUUGGGACCAUCUUCACCAGGGCUGAAGGCCUGCUCAAGGCCGGCGGCAUGACGGAGCGCCCUCUGUGGUACGACGUGUACGCCGCCUUCCCGCCGAUCCAGGAACCCGACUACUACAGGAAGGCACCCGCAGCCCCGGUCAGGAACAUCUGCUACCCAGAGGACACCAUCAGGGCGAGGUUUGGACGGGACUUCGGUCAGGGUCCAGUUGCGGAUAACCUGCUCAACCCGGCCCAGACAUCCCUAUGCCAGAGGUUUGUGGAGAGGUACCAGGAACUGUCGAGGCAGCGACCAGAACUGUCUGAAGAUGCUGUCUAUGAGGCUGUCAAGGAGGACUUCUCCUAUGAGCUGUCUAGUGGGACAGGACGAGCGGCCCACAACAGCCGGAGACCUGCAUCCACAUGAGUCUAGUGGGUUCUCACCAUUGAGCUAGGAGCUAGAGAUAAAUGUGAUUAAACAUGAUGAUCAGUAUUCUUCAUUCUCGCAGUAA